GCCCGGCCAUCUUGUGGGAAGAGCUGAAGCAGGCGCUCUUGGCUCGGCGCGGCCCGCUGCAAUCCGUGGAGGAACGCGCCGCCGAGCCACCAUCAUGCCUGGGCACUUACAAGAAGGCUUCGGCUGCGUGGUCACCAACCGAUUCGACCAGUUAUUUGACGACGAAUCGGACCCCUUCGAGGUGUUGAAGGCAGCAGAGAACAAGAAAAAAGAAGCCGGCGGGGGCGGCGUUGGGGGCCCUGGGGCCAAGAGCGCAGCUCAGGCCGCAGCCCAGACAAACUCCAACGCGGCGGGCAAACAGCUGCGUAAAGAGUCCCAGAAAGACCGCAAGAACCCGCUGCCCCCCAACGUCGGCGUGGUUGACAAGAAGGAGGAGACGCAGCCGCCCGUGGCGCUUAAGAAAGAAGGAAUAAGACGCGUUGGAAGAAGACCUGAUCAACAACUUCAGGGUGAAGGGAAGAUAAUUGAUAGGAGACCAGAAAGGCGACCACCUCGUGAAAGACGAUUUGAAAAACCACUUGAAGAAAAGGGUGAAGGAGGAGAAUUUUCAGUUGAUAGACCGAUUAUUGACCGGCCUAUCCGAGGCCGUGGUGGUCUUGGAAGAGGCCGAGGAGGUCGUGGACGAGGAAUGGGCCGGGGAGAUGGCUUUGAUUCUCGUGGCAAACGUGAAUUUGAUAGGCAUAGUGGAAGUGAUAGAUCUUCUUUUUCACAUUACAGUGGCCUGAAGCAUGAGGACAAGCGUGGAGGUAGCGGAUCUCACAACUGGGGAACUGUCAAAGAUGAAUUAACAGAGUCCCCCAAAUACAUUCAGAAACCAAUAUCUUAUAAUUGCAGUGACUUGGAGCAAUCAAAUGUGACUGAGGAAACACCUGAAGGUGAAGAACAUCCAGUUGCGGACACUGAAAAUAAGGAGAAUGAAGUUGAAGAAGUAAAGGAAGAAGGCCCAAAAGAAAUGACUUUGGAUGAAUGGAAGGCUAUUCAAAAUAAGGACCGGGCAAAAGUAGAAUUUAAUAUCCGAAAACCAAAUGAAGGUGCUGAUGGGCAGUGGAAGAAGGGAUUUGUUCUUCAUAAGUCAAAGAGUGAAGAGGCUCAUGCUGAAGACUCGGUUAUGGAUCACCAUUUCCGGAAGCCAGCAAAUGAUAUAACGUCUCAGCUGGAGAUCAAUUUUGGAGACCUUGGCCGCCCAGGACGUGGUGGCAGGGGAGGACGAGGUGGCCGUGGGCGUGGUGGACGUCCAAACCGUGGCAUCAGGACUGACAAGUCAAGUGCUUCUGCUCCUGAUGUGGAUGACCCAGAGGCAUUCCCAGCUCUGGCUUAACUGGAUGCCAUAAGACAACCCUGGUUCCUUGUGGACCCUCCUCUUUGAGGCUUGCAUGCUUAAGGAUCCCAAACGACUAAGAAAUUUAAAAAAAAAAAAAAAAAAAAAAAAGACUGUCAUUCAUACCAUUCACACCUAAAGACUGAAUUUUAUCUGUUUUGAAAAUGAACUUCUCCUGCUACACAGAAGUAACAAUAUGGUAGUCAGUUUUGUAUUUAGGAAAUGUAUUGGUAGCGGGGAUGUUUUCAUAAUUUUCAGAGAUUAUGCAUUCUUCAUGAAUACUUUUGUAUUGCUGCUUGCAAAUAUGCAUUUCCAAACUUGAAAUAUAGGUGUGAACAGUGUAUACCAGUUUAAAGCUUUCACUUCAUUUGUGUUUUUUAAUUAAGGAUUUAGAUGUUCCCCCUAUUACAAACUGGUUUUAAAUAUUGGACAUAAUAGCAGUUUUAAUACCUGCUUUGCAUUUUCACACAUGGUCAACUGAGACAUGUAAACUUUGAUUGUCAAAUUUUAUGCUGUGUGGAAUACUAACUACUUUAUGUAUUUUAACUUAGUUUUAAUAUUUUCAUUUCUGGGGAUAAGGUCUUUUUUCACUUCUCAUGAUAGCUGUUAUAUAUGCUAGAUCUUUAUAUACAGAAAUAUCCGUACUUGAACAAAUUCAAAGCACAUUGGUUUAUUAACCCUUGCUCCUGCAUGGUUCAUUAGGUUCAAUUUAUAAUUGAUUCACAAUUUUAAUUACAUUUACUUUUAAAAUAUGUCACUUUCCUGUUUUAAAAACCAAUCUAGACACCUUACUGGUGAAAGUUGUUUAAGCUACUUAUUGUUGAUAGACACAUACUGUCAAGUGAAGUAGUUUUAUGGGUGUUGGGUUUUUCCUCCUCCAGUAGGGUGGGUGGAACAAGUUAAUUUGGCUAAUGCGUAAUAUUUAAACUGCUCUGUAAAGUAAGUGACCGCUCAGUAUGAUUUGUAUGUGUGAAAGGUCCCGAAUCAAAAUUGUACAUCCAUAAUCAACCCUUCAACCCUUGUUCUAAAGAAACCAAAGGGCACUGGUUAGUAUGGUAAGUGGGGGGGUAUGUUAAUUUUUGGAAUUUGGAAAGCAGACAGCUUUACUUUAUAAGGUUGGAACAGCAGCACCAUCCAUGAAAUACAAACCAAAAAUUUUACUGUUUCUGAAUUUCCUAUAUUGCUAUUCAUUUUGGUCUCAAGUUGAUAGAUUCCACAGAAAGUGAUAAGUAUCUUUUACCUCUUCCUCCGUUAGAAAAUUAGGUUAAUAAUGGAUUUCUUGAUCGAGAGCAUCACCACUGACUAAAACAUACAUGGAGAGAAUAAUCAAACAGGCUUUCUAGGACCUUUUUUUUUUAAGUCUUCUGCAACACUUAUUGAUAAACAGGAAAGGGGUUUUAUUUACAGUUUUGAAGAUCUUUUUGUCACUAUUAUUAGUAAUUUUCUAUCUAUGGUAAUGUCCAGUUUUUAAAAUACUUUAUGAUUUAAGACUUUAAAUCAUAAAAUGUCUGUUUAGCUGAUUAGUUCUCCCCUAUACUUCUAAAUGAGAAAUUGUACAGUACAAGUGUUGUUCAUUGGGAUUAGAUUUAUUAACCUAGUUACCUACUAGUUUGACAUCUUAGGAAGGAGGUAAUUGUUUUUUUUUAAUGAUGGAUAAACUUGUGCUGGUGUUUUGGAUCUUAUGAUGCUGAGCAUGUUCUGCACUGGUGCUAAUGUUUUAACAUAAUUUUAUAUUUACAAACAUACCUGCUACCCAGAGGCAAGUAUUAAUUUAGUCCAUAUGGACUUUUACCCCUCUUGAGAUUGCAACAUACACACUCCUAAACACACUCAUACAUAAGUGUGUUUAGACUUAGAAGUAUCUUAACUCAUUUCUGGACAUGAAUGUGUUAUAAACCUCCUGAUUUCUAGCAACAUAUAAAAAAACACUGCUAUUAAAAACCCAUCACAAGUUCUAUUCAUUGUCAGCCAUUGCUGGCAUUCUGUCACUAGAGAAUACACAGCAAUAUCUGGUAUGUUGCAAGCUUUCAAGAUAGCUUGGAAUUUAAAAGUUGGUCCAUUAGUUGUAUCUGAUGGAUGUAAAUUUGCCUCCUAGUUCACUUUGUGUCAAGAGCUAAAACUGUGAACCUAACUUUCUCUUAUUGGUGGGUAAUAACUGAAAAUAAAGAUUUUAUUUUCAUGCUCA